GUGGACUUGUACGGCUUCGGGGCAGACAGCAAGGGGAAUUGGCACCAUUACUGGGAAAACAACCCAUCUGCGGGCGCAUUCCGGAAGACCGGGGUACAUGACGCCGACUUUGAGUACAACGUCACCACCACCCUGGAAGCCAUCAACAAGAUUCGGAUCUUCAAGGGGAGAUGACGCUGCAACCCGUUAAGGAUGGACACACCGCAUCUCGCUCUCAACUUGCAGCCCCAGUGUCUCACUGGAGCCAUUUUGUUCUGGAAGCUUCCGGGGCUGGACUUGGGGUGUUCCCAGGCUUGCCGGCAGUCUCUUGCGCCCUCAUUUUGGUAGCAUCUAUUUGACAAAGUUGUCCGACUCUCCCAGGGUACCGAGCAAGUCUCAGGCCUCUCCAAGGUGGGAGUACUUCCCCACUGCUCUCCCCUAGCUGGGGGACAGUGGGACGACACUGGGAAAGGUCUAACCUCGGAAUAAUGGCAGUUAUUUUGACUUCUGGGGUGGGGAACAUAAAUCGUGGAGAUUCCUAUGUUCUCCUAUGUUCAAAAAGGUGGACAUUUCCCAGAAGUCAUUUACAGGCUGCCAUUGAACUGUAAGCCUCAUACUCAACUCAGACACUGGCUGGGACGUUUGUGACAGUUGUCUCCAGAGCAGAGCCACACUGGGCCACACCAGCACUGUUCGCCUUUGCAUGAAGCCUGGCCUGCCACUUGAUAUGACAUCCCCAUUGUCCCUUUCUUCCCAAAGCUCCCUGAUGAUGGCGGGCAAAGCUUCUGAUUGCCGAGGUCUCCCACAGAAACCUGGCGGCAGGAGGGAAGCCCUCUCAUCAUCCUGUGUGAUUACCUUCCGUGGUGAUAGGGAUGGUCGGAGCGGGUCUAACUACUUCCACGUGCCUUUGAACUUGAGGAAGGAUUGCAUGCAUUGGCUGACAUGAAGCAAGGUCCCCAACUGGAAAACGGGGACCUCGACCAGCGUCCCGCUUUGCUGUAUCUCUCACAAUCUCUUUUCAAAUGCACUCUGCAUCAGUCAGAGUGUGCCAGGCGUGGGACGGGUGCUCACUUCUAUUUCCUCAGACUAUUGGGUUCAGGACCACUAACAACCAGCAUCCUCCCUGGAGUCCUGAACACUGGGCUGAGUCCCUAGCAGCCACCUUCCUGGCGUCCUUGGGGGUCUCAAUAGGGACAUCCUAGGGCCACAACUGAAAAGCAUGUACCUUUUCUCCUUACUCCUGUCUGUUCUCCCAUCCUCCCUCUGUAGACUUGCUGUUAUUUAUUGAUUGGUUAAUUCAGCUGA